UAGCAGGUGGGCCUGACAACAUGAGGUUGGAUAUAUGCUUAUGAACAUCUUUUGGGGGCUUGGAACCGGUGGUUUCACAAUGCCAAACAAUUCAAAUGUGCAUCCGGAAGAAUUGUAUGCUACACAGCUGGCACAGCUACAAGAAAUGGGAUUCUUUGACACACGUGAGAAUCGUCAAGCAAUGACAGCCACCGCAGGUAAUGUUCAUGCCGCAUCUGAGAGUCUAUUUGGAAUUCUCGGUUAAUGUCAGAUAUGGAAUACUGAUUAAGUAAUUGAUGUCUUUUAGUUUAUCAUUUAAAUGUAAUGUCACAUUUUAGUGUAUGAUUUAUAUGGAUGUUUUUUCCUAGAGGAAGAAGAGCAAUGUAUUUGCAAACUUACAGGUAAGGCAUUACAUGCAAUUGUUCUUCCUUUCAUUGUCUGCAAUUUUGCCCAUUUGUAUCUUUCUACAUUUGUUUUUUGGGUGGAACAUCUGUUUUC